AUGUCUACUGCUGAGCUCGCUUGCUCCUACGCGGCCCUCAUCCUCGCCGAUGACGGUGUCGAGGUGACCGCCGACAAGAUCCAGACCCUCCUCGGUGCCGCCAAGGUCCAGGAGGUUGAGCCCAUCUGGACUUCCAUCUUCGCCAAGGCUCUUGAGGGCAAGGACAUCAAGGAGCUCCUGACCAACAUCGGCUCCGCUGGCCCCGCCGCCGCUGCCCCCGCUGCCGGUGGUGCUGCCGCCGCUCCCGCCGAGGCUGCUGAGGAGAAGAAGGAGGAGGAGAAGGAGGAGUCCGACGAGGACAUGGGCUUCGGUCUUUUCGACUAAGCGUCCUAAUACGUUCGGCUUUUCUGUUUUUCCUUUAUUCCUCGUUUCUUAUCUAUCGAAAUUUCCCCUUCGCUUUCCUUGUACCCGAUACUACGCGACUGCAUGAUGAACCAAAAGGGAAAACUAAAAAGAAGAAUACACGGACAAGGACAUCCGGUGGGACUGGGCGCUGGGCUUGCAUGAUGGGUUUCGUCGUGACAGAGGUACUGGACCAGAUGACGAUAAGAUUCUGGCCCGCAGGAAAACCAGGAAUUAGUUGCAUGCGUAUAGAUGGCCGAGGGCGAGAUCCAUGUGGCCGCCUUCGACUCUCUGUAUGAUAUGUUUCGAGUUUUAGCUAGUUUCGAGCUUUAAAGGUGCCCAGCUCUCAUGCCAUGUCUGUCAUGCGACCAUGAACAAAAAGGUUUCCGUCUGCAUUUUCUGUAUCACUAUAGAACCUUCCGAUUCACCUGCUCCCUUUGCCAAACGCCUUGUCCUGGUGCAGAAGU